GUGUGGCAAUCCCGCCGCGCCGAGUGCUGCCCGGGCGGCCGGGAGGCGGCAGAGGAGCGCGCGACGGCGGCGGCGGCGGCUCCCGCGGCGGCCGGGGGCGGGAGGAAGGAGACCCUGGCUUCCCCGGGGGCCCGGCUGGGGCAGACGCGAGGGGCCUGGGGGGGCGCUGGCUUCGGCCCCGCCUGGGGCAGGAUGGUGAAUCUGGAACCCACGCAGCCAGAGCAGCUGAGCCUCCCCAGGGAAGGGAGUGAUGGCAAGGAGCCUACUCGUCACUGGCUGAGAUAAGAACGGCAGAGAAGCCUGGCCCCACCCCAUACCUCUCUCACUCACCUCCGGCAAGUGCUGUCCAACAGGCGAAGGGUUACGCCACUACACCCCCGGAACCACAGUUUAAAUCUCUGCCAGAGCCACACACAUCAUUGCCCUAAAAGAAAAAGAAAAGAAAGAAAGAAAGAAAGAAAGAAAGAAAGAAAGAAAGAAAGAAAGAAAGAAAGAAAGAAAGAAAGAAAGAAAGAAAGAAAGAAAGAAAGAGAAAGAAGGAAGGAAGGAAGGAAGGAAAGAAAGAAAGAAGGAAAGAAGGAAAGAAGGAAAGAAGGAAAGAAAGAAAAGAAAGAAAAAUAUCAAAAUGAGUGGGGAUGUAGCAGAUUCUACAGAUGCUCGAAGUGCUCUCAACCAGGUGGAGACAGGAAAUGAUCGAAACGGCUUAGAUUUCAACAGGCAGAUUAAAACUGAGGACCUCAGUGACUCCCUGCAGCAGACCCUCUCUCAUCGGCCAUGCCACCUGAGUCAAGGAUCUGCCAUGAUGCCCGGCAACCAAAUGUCUGGGGACAUGGCUUCCCUCCACCCACUCCAGCAGCUCGUGCUGGUUCCCGGACACCUACAGUCUGUCUCCCAGUUCCUGUUAUCUCAGACCCAGCCUGGGCAGCAAGGUCUGCAGCCAAAUCUUCUCCCCUUUCCGCAGCAACAAAGCUCUCUCCUCCUCCCGCAGACAGGGUCCGGCCUGGCGUCCCAGGCAGUUGGGCGCCCUGGGCUGCCAGGAUCCUCUUUAGAACCCCAUCUGGAAGCACCCCAGCAUCUCCCAGUGCCCAAGCAUCUCCCCAGCUCUGGAGGGGCUGACGAGCCCAGUGACCUGGAGGAGCUGGAGAAGUUUGCCAAGACCUUCAAGCAGAGGCGCAUUAAGCUGGGCUUCACACAGGGAGACGUGGGUCUGGCGAUGGGAAAGCUGUAUGGCAACGACUUCAGCCAGACUACCAUCUCGAGAUUUGAAGCCCUCAAUCUGAGCUUCAAGAACAUGUGCAAGCUCAAGCCGCUGCUGGAGAAGUGGCUGAACGAUGCAGAAUCCUCUCCAUCAGACCCCUCCGUGAGCACUCCCAGCUCUUACCCCACGCUCAGUGAAGUGUUCGGGCGGAAGAGGAAGAAGAGGACCAGCAUCGAGACCAACAUCCGCCUGACUCUGGAGAAGAGAUUUCAAGAUAACCCCAAACCCAGCUCUGAGGAGAUCUCCAUGAUUGCAGAGCAGUUGUCCAUGGAGAAGGAGGUGGUGAGGGUCUGGUUCUGCAACCGACGCCAAAAGGAGAAGCGAAUCAACUUCCCUGUGGCCACGCCCAUCAAAUCACCCAUGUUCGGUUCCCGGCUGGUGUCUCCCUCUGGGUCUCUGGGCCCCCUCUCUGUCCCUCCUGUCCACAGCACCAUGCCUGGAACAGUAACGUCAUCCUGUUCCCCUGGGAACAACAGCAGGCCUUCGUCUCCUGGCUCAGGACUCCAUGCCAGCAGCCCCAUUGCAUCUCAAAAUAACUCCAAAGCAGCCGUGAACUCCUCCUCCAGUUUUAACUCUUCAGGAUCUUGGUACCGAUGGAAUCAUCCCACCUACCUCCACUGAGACCAAAAAGUUUCCCCCAUGCCACCUGGCCCUGUAUUCCCCACUGGAAGGAAGGGCGUCAUGCCUUCUCUGUAUGGACAGAUUACUUUCAUGAGAAUGGAAGAGAAUCCCCACUAUCAAUGAAUCCAAACUCUUGCCUUCUUCAGGAGCGAGGACCUCUGGAGAUCCAAACUGUGACUGAACCAUGUGCUAACUCUGAGUGCUCUUGAAACGCACGCCCCUCCUAGGAGUCGCCCAUCCUUACCUUUCUUGCCUGUGCCCUUCUCGCCUAGUUCUAAAUAUUUCAGGUGGCUUCACGGCAACAGUGCUCUUUGAAAAAGGACCUCUUGCCAUUAUUCUCCAGCUCAUCUCCAGCUCAUUCUGGGCACAGCCAUUUGCCUGGUGCCAAACUACCAGAGAGGAGAGAAUGGUUUGGACCCUGAACUUAGCCACAAUCUCCGAACUGAUUCCAGAAUCUGUGAAAAGAUUUGAAUCUGAUGUCUCCACCAAAGCUUUGAUGUUUUCUCUGUUCAGCAAAGUUGUCUGGCUGAAUUUUCACUUCACCCUAUUUCCUCUUUAGCCCUGCCCCGCUUUCUAGAACCAAAUCCAUUCCUGAUUGUGUUCUCCAAAUUCCCUCCUCUUUACCAAAGGCUGAGCCACCCUUGGCCCCCUGGGCACAUUUCUCUGCCCACAGGUGCUCUUCUCUCUGCUGCGUCUACCCCAGAGUUCAGGAACGCUUGUUCUUUCUCUCCAUUCCUAUUGUUUCUCUUUAUCUUGUCCUCUCUCCCUUCUCCUGGUGCAGAAGGAAGAACACAAAAGAAAACACACAACAAUUAUGCUGGCAAAAUAUCUGUAUAUAGUCCUUUCCUUUUUUUUUUUUUUUUUUUUUUUUUUUGCGUUAUGUUCUUCUCUCCUUAAUGUGGAAUUUUUCAGCAAACUGUUUAACUCAGGUGUGAAUUUUGAAGACAUCUCUGUUAUAUUUUAUCUUCUUUAACAGAAAAGAAAAAAAAAGAAAGGAAAAAAAAAUACCAAAGUGUGAAAUACUGUGCUAGCUUCCACAAGAGUUCCCACGUGGGCUGGAAAUCUUUGUUGAUUUCUGCAGGAACACUCCUUCUCGAGUCUCCUUCUUUGUGGGCCAGUGUUGUAGACAUGUAACAUAAAGCCAUUCCAGAAGUGGUAACUCUUUUUUUUUUUCUUUUUAAAGACUGCAUAUCCAAGAAAAUAUUGACACUCAAAGGAAUCUCUCUGUUCCUAAAUAAAUUUGUAUAGUGAUGAUACACAGGAUUCCAUUAUUGGCAAGAAGAGGUUUAGAUUAUUCUGUGUCUUUUGUUGUGGGGGGCAUGGGAGUGCAUAUAAAAAAGGGAUGGAGAAAGUGUUUCCAAUGGGUGGAUUAUGUCUGAUACUAAAGAUGACAUACAUUGAUACAGGGCUCCAGUGAGUUCAGUUUCUACUCAUUUUGACAGAGCAGCCUUGAGGACAGAGUAGCUGAGAGAUUAGCUUCCUCAUUUUGUAGGUGGGAGAAUGGAAAAUGUUUCAGGUCAAGUCAUUUGGAGAGUUAAGAGGUGAAGGCUGAGGCUAAUAGCUCAUAUCUCAGAUAUCCUGAAGGUCAAUUAUUCAUUAUUCACAAUGGAAAGUGAUAGAUAUUUGAGACAAGGGAUAAUUCAGAAGUCAAAUCUAUUUGGCUUUGGAAUGCACUGUGACUUUUGAUGAGGGGGUUGAGGGGCAAGGAAGCUAUCCUUGUGGGGUUUUGGGGGUUAAUAAAAAUUUAAGUAGUUAUCAUUUUUGAGGCAAACAUUGACCUGUGGGAAAUGGAGACCCUUCAAAAAUGUAAUGACUGAAGGGAAGAAACUACAAUUGGCAUUAAACAUUUGUUGGAAAUAAUAAUAUCCAAGGGGGAAAUCUAUACCUAAAUAACCACAAGUUAACUAGUUUUCAUGUUUGGAUGGGGCUUAUAUUAAGACCAAUAUUUCAUGUUAUGAAGCGGAAGAAAGCCUAUUGGUAGUGGUUACUUUGUCAAGAAAAGAUCUAGUUUAAAGGGGCUAGGUAUGUGUCAGAGACAACAAGAGGAGCCUGUGGCAAUAAUUUAAGUAAAUAAACUACUCUGCCACCCAUGAGCCCAUCCGUGCAUAUCCAUGCAUACACACAUGUAUGUGUGCACUGCUCCUUGUACACUCAUGGGUGCCAGAGUUGAUGCUUUCCUGCAACAAUCUUGGCUACCUUGACAUCUUGCUCAGGUGAGUGCUGAAAGCUGAAGUUCUGCACUGUCCAUGAUGCUGGUUUUCACUCAUUUGACCCUUUAAAAGCUAUUUUAUUUUUUAAGAGCAGUUUUAGGUUUACAACAAAAUUAAGAGGAAGCUACGGAGAUUUCCCAUAUACCUCCUGACCCCACACAUUCAUAGCCUUUCCCAUUAUUAAUAUCACUCACAAGAAAGUGAAAUUUUUUUACCAAGAAUGAACCUACACUGACACAUCACAAUCACCCAAAGUCUGCAGUCUACCUUAGAGUUCACUCUUGUUGUUACACAUUCUACAGGUUUGGACAAAAGUAUAAUGAUGUAUUUCCAUCAUUAUAAUAUCAUACGGAGUAUUUUCACUGCCCUAACAAUCCUCUGUGCUCUACCUUUUCAUCUCUCUUCCUGCUACACCCUUACAACCACUGAUCUUUUUUACUGUCUCCAUAGUUUUGCCUUUUUGAGAACGCCACGUGGUUGGAAUCGUUUAGUAUAUAGGCUUUCCAGAUUGACUUAUUUCAAUUAGUAGUAUGCAUUUGUUUCUUUCAUGUCUUUUCAUGAGCUUGAUAGUUCAUUUCUUUUUAAUGCUGAAUAAUAUUCUAUUGUCUGGAUGUAUCACUGUUUAUUUAUUCAUUUACCUACUGAAGGACAUCUUGGUUGCUUCUAAAUUUUGGCAAUUAUGAAUAAAGCUGCUAUAAAUAUCUGUGUACAGGUUUUUGUGUGGACGUAAAUUUUCAAUUCCUUUGGGUAAAUACCAAGGAGUAUGAUUGCGAAUCAUGGGGUAAAAGUAUAUUUAGUUUUGUAAGAAACCACCAAACUGUCUUCCAAAGUGGCUGUACCACUUUGCGUUCCCACCAGCAAUGUUACCAGAAUUCCUGUUGCUCCACAUCCUCACCAGUCUUUGUUGUCAGUGUUUGGGAUUUCAGCCAUUCUAAUAGGUGUAUAGUAUCUCAUUGUUUAAAUUCGCAUUUUCCUGAUCACAUGAUGUGGAGCAAGUUUUCACACACUUAUUUACCAUCUGUGUAUCUUAUUUGGUGAGGUAUGUAUUAAGAUUUUUGGCCCAUUUUUUAAUGAAGUUGUUUUUUUACUGUUGAGUUUUCAUUGUUCUUUGUAUAUUUUGAGUAACAGUCCUUUAUCAGAUGUGUCUUUUGCAAAUAUUUUCUCCCAGUCUGUGACUUCUCUUCUCAUUCUCUUGCUAUUGUCUUUUGCAGAACAGAAGUUUUUAAUUUUAAUGAAGUCCAGUUUGUGAAUUAUUUCUUUCACGGGUUGUCUUUGGUGUUGUAUCUAAAAAGGCAUCACCACACACCCAGCAUCAUCUAGGUUUCCUCCUAUGUUAUCUUCUAGGAGUUUUAUAGUUUGGCGUUUUACAUUUAGGUCUGUGAUCCACUUUGAGUUAACUUUUGUGAUGGUGUAAGGUCUGAGUCUAGGUUCAUUUUUUCAUGUGUGGAUGUCCAGUUGUUCCCGCUCCAUCUGUUGAAGACUAUCUUUGUCCCAUUGUAUUGCCUUUGCUCCUUUGUCAAAGAUCAGUUGACUAUAUUUAUGGGGGUCUAUUUCUGGGCUAUCUGACCAUGGUUUUAUGAAAGAAAUAAACAGAAUUAUAGGCUAACUGCUCAGCCUCCAGUAGCUUCCUUGUCCAUUGCCUUGGACAGCUGAAAAGAGGCAAACCUGAAAGUGGGUAACAAUUUACUUUUCAUGGCUGCAAGAUUCUGUAAAACUCAUCAUUCCAGUCAAGUUUCAUCAAAGCCUGGUUAGCUUCUUCAGGGUCUAAUUAGGCACAAGAGAAUCAAAGGGCAACAACCAGCCAUUGUCUAGGAGGAAAGAAAGGGGAAAAUAAUUGUUGCUGCUGCGUUUUGAACUUCCAAACUUUGAUUUUUAGUUGACUCAAGACUUGUGGGCCCAGCUAUGGACUCCUAAUAUUAAGGGCUUUCUGGUCCAACUUGGAGAAUGAGUUUAGUCUCAGAUUCAAAUUAGGAACCCUGUCCUGAGCCCCCAGGUUGCCGGCUCAGUGCCUCUCCUCCCUGGGCACUCUGCAUCCCUUGCUACAUUCACGGACUGCAUUUGCUGACUCUUCUGCUUCUCCCCCUAGACUGUGGUGAGCUCCUGGUAGCUGAGUCUUUUUCUCUGUAUCCCCAUGACUAGCAUUGUGACUACUACAUAAUAGGCAAUUCAGGUUUUUAAAAGUUGAAUUCUUUCUUUUAACCUUUAAACAACUUCUAAUACUCUUCACUGGGGUUAGGAGCUGUGAAUAUAGAAGAUAAUACCGCUGUAAGAGAUUCUAGGUGAGUGGAGGCAGCCUAUCUUGGUGGCCAAGAGCAUGACCUCCAGUGCCAUAUUGCCUGGGUUCAUACCCAGAUCUGCCUCCUACUAAUCAUGUCACCUUGGGCACAUUCCUUGAGUGCUCUGUGCCUCAGUUUCUUACCUGUAAAAUGGGGUAACAACAGUAUCCAACUCGUAGAGUUGUUGUGAGAAUCAAAUGAGUUAAUAUAUACACAUAUAUAAAGUGCUUGGAACAAUGUCUGAUACUUUAAUAAGUGUCAUCUGUUAUUAUUGUGAUUACUAUGAUUAUGAUUGUUAUUGUUAUUCAAAUAAAUUGGUGGAAAGCU